GGAAGACGACGACGAUGAUAGGGGGUGGAGACACCGUUGCGUGUUCGCUGUAAAUUGGACGCGAAAGGAGCUCACGGCCGCGUCGGAUUCUCCCUCGGCGAGCGAGAGCAGAAGGGGGGUGGGGGCAGCCCUCAGACUCGUCGUGGUCGGGGUUGGGUUGGCGGUAGUGAUGAUGGCGCGCAGGGUCGGGAGAAAAGCUCACGUCAACAACAUCAUCAACAACAACAACAUAAUCAACACCAGCAGCAGCAGCACAGAGGAGCCGGCGACGUGCCCCCCGGGACGUGGUUCGGGGAUGGACUUCUCUCCCAUUCACACGUACUCCCCGCCAGAGUUCGCGCCCGACAACACGGGGUACACCUACGCGCUCAGCUCGAGCUACUCGAGGGCGGCGCUGGAGUACGAGAUCCGGAACUCCCUGGACCCCGUGUACGACUCCCCGCGGAUGUCGCGCCGCGGCCUGCGCCUGCGCGGCGGUAACGGCCACUCCGCCGCCUCCUCCCUCGCCGGGGACAACGGCGCGGCAUCGCAGACGGCGGCGGUGAUGGCCUCCCAAGGCAGCGCCGGCAAAACCCGGGACGGAUCGGACAGCGGCGAAAUCAAGUUCGCGUGGAGCUCGGCCGCGGUGACGAACGCGGCGCGCGUGCGACUGGACGGCGGCGCCGCCGGGUCGCCUCGCCGGUCCCCACAGCGCCGCGCCGCCAUCUCCGCUGGAAACCACCCGGACCUCCUCCUGGCCUCCUCAUCCCCGCUCCCGGACCUCUCCUCCUCCUCCUACACCAAGGUGGAGACGACCUCCGCCUCCGUCCACAGCCGGGCUGGCGCCAUGGACUCGGAGGUGAGUCUGGCUAACGGCGCCGUGCCCUCGGCGACGCCGGCGGCGGAGACGGACUCCGCCCCGCCGCGUGGCGCCCGGGCGACGCCCACCAACGGCUACGGCUCCUCCGGCCGUCACGCACACGAGCAGUCCUCCUGCUCAUCCUCCUCCUCCCUCUACUCCUCCGGCAACACGUGGGCCGCUCACUCCUGGGGCGAGCGGGUCGGAGGCCUGGUGGAGACCGCCACGUGGGCCGUUACGUGGGUGGCGCAGGGCGCCGCGCGGGCGAGACGCGCCGUGCUGCGGUGGCUGCUGCUGCUGCUGGCGCAGCUGCUCUGGAGCGACGAGGCCGGCGUCUCGCAGGCCGACUCGGACGACUCCAGCAAAGCGGCGGCCUUCGCCCACGACGCCUCGUUCGCCCGCGACGCCUCGUUCGGCAAGAUCCCCCGAGCCGAGAUGACCCAGACGACCACCACCACGGUGACGACCACCACCAAGACGCGGCGCCAGCGUCGCCGAAACCGAUUCUUCCCGCUCGACGCCGACGUUCGAACUCGACGACGCCGCCGCCAACGGCGCCGCAGACGCCGAGGAGGACGAUCGCUACAUGACCCUGAGGUCGCGGGCGCUGGCGUGGCAGGGCCGCUGCGUGCACCACGAGCAGCCGGGCGCGGCCGUGGAGGCGCCGGUGGCGGUGGCGGCUGGGCAGUGGCGGCGAGCGGUGGCGGCCGCGAUGAGCGGUGGUCGUCGCGUUCCUUGGCGACGCAGCGGAGCUCGUCCUCGGCCCACGAGACGUUUCACGCCGGGGUCGCGCACUACGGCGGCUACGGUGGCUACGGUGGCGGUGGCUACGGUGGCGGCGGCUACGGCAGCGGCAGCGUGGGCGGCAGCGUGGGUGGCGCGGCGUCGCUGGCAGAGUUUUCCGAUGGGGAAGGCUGCGAGAUUGAGAAGCGCAGCGAGGCGACUUCGGCGGUGGCGUCAGGGGCGGCGGCUGCAUCGUCGUCGUGGACGUGGUCCUCCGUGAGACGCCUCCUGACGAGUCCAGGGCGCUGCGUGUCUGCCCUCUUCUGGUGGCUCGGCACUGGGUGGUACCAGCUGGUGACGCUCGUGUCGCUGCUCAACGUCUUCCUGCUCACCAGGCACUACCGUAGGCACCUGCUCGGCCUCCUGUUGCUGCUACUGCUGCUGCUCCUGCCCCUGCUGCUCUUCUACGGCGGCUGGUGGUGCUGGGCGGCGCUGGGGUCGCUGCUGCCCAGCGCGGGCCCCACAGGCGCCGUGCUGCCCGUGCUGCCCCCCCCGACGCACGAGCAGAAGGCCGUGCUUGCACCCUCGACUUCUGUGGGGACGCCGGACGGUGGCGCCACUGCCACCGACAGGCACCCCGCGGCGCCGCCCGGCGCCAGCACGCAGCACGCGCUCCGGAUCGAUCGCCUCGAGAGGGAGCUGCUGUUGCUUCGAGCGUCGGCAGCCGAUCAGCACGAGAGCAUCCAGGAGGCCGUGCGGCUCAUCCUCGACCUGCGCGCCGAGCAGCGGCAGGCGGCGGCCGCGGCGGAGACGGGCGGCGAGCAGGGCAGGGCGGCGGCUGCGGCGGCGCUGGCGGCCGCGGCGUUGGCGGAGGAGCAUCGGUACCGGCACCUGGACGAUCACAUUAAGCGCUUGGCCAAGGCGCUGGCGGCGCAGACGGACGAGGCGGAGAGGCAGCGGCUCAGGAUUCAGCUGCUGGGGCGGCAAGUGAGCGCGCUGUCGGCCGACGGGGAGGCGGCGCGCUCCCGAGACGCCGGUGCCACCGCAGGGGAGCGGGCCGAGGAGGCGAGGCGGGCGAGCGAGGAGGAGCUGCUCGCGAAGGUGGACGAGCGAGUCGGGGGCAGCCUGGCCGCGUUGCUCGCGGACGUCCGGCAGAACCGCGACGGCAUCGGCAGCCUCGGGACUCGCGUGGAGCAGCGAGACUCGGAGGUGACAAGGCUGCUGAGCAGCAUCGAGGGCAGCGUCUUGGAAAUUCAGAAGGUGCAGAUUCAGCUCCAGGACUGGAAAAGGAACGGGAGCCAAGACAACGAAAGGUGGGACGAGGGUGCCGGCCGCCGCCGCCUGUCGGAGGCCCUGGCGCGCCUCGAGGUGGACGUGGCCCGCCUGGAGUCGCGGCUCGAGGCCCUGAGCGGCCGCGUCACCGACGGCAUCGCCGCCGCCACCGAGCGCUGCUGCGGAGACGCUGCCGGCGCAACGGAACGCACGGUCCGCGCGGGCGUGGAGGCGUCCCUGCUGGCGCUGCUGGCCGGCGGAGACGGCAAAGGCGAAGGCGAGGCCGGCGAGACGCGGGCGGCGCUGCUGCGCUGGCUGAGCGAGCGCUUCGUGCGACACGACCAGCUGGGCAAGGCGGUGCGCGAUCACGCAGCUGACACGGUCGUUGCCGCGGGCGCCACCGUCACCGCGGGGAUUCGCGGCGGCGCUGCCGAUGGCGUCUCGGAGGAGCGUGUGCAGCACAUCGUGCAGGACGCGCUGCGGCUGUACAGCGCGGACCGCAUCGGCCAGGUGGACUACGCCCUCGAGUCGGCCGGCGGCAGCAUCCUGAGCACUCGCUGCACAGAGACGUACGAGACCAAGACGGCCAUGGUCAGCUUCUUCGGCCUCCCCAUCUGGCACCUGUCGCAGUCGCCGCGCGUCAUCAUCCAGCCGGACGUGAACCCGGGGAACUGCUGGCCGUUCCGCGGCACGUACGGCUACGUGGUGGUGCAGCUGUCGGCCACGAUCCGCCCCACGGCGUUUUCGCUCGAGCACGUGCCGCGCUCCCUCUCCCCGACCGGCGCCGUGAGCAGCGCGCCGCGCGACUUCGCCGUCUACGGCCUGGAGAGCGAGGACCAGGAGGAGGGGCUGAUGCUGGGACGCUACAACUACGACCAGGACGGGGAGGCCAUCCAGACCUUCCCCGUGCAGGAGGAGAUGGGCGACACGACGUUCCGCAUCGUGGAGCUGCGCGUGUUCAGCAACUGGGGCCACCCGGAGUACACGUGCCUCUACCGCUUCCGCGUGCACGGCCGCCUCGCGCCGCACUGAGGCCGCCACCCCCCCCCCGCCGCCCCCCCCCGCCCUGCCACCCCACCCACCCGCCGCACCGGCCUGCACCGGUAGGGCGCGACGAGGACGCGACGCGCCGACCCCGUGUGCCAGUGCGCAGCGACCACCCAAACUUAAAUUCGGAUGAUGAAAGUUUUGCGGGAACCGCCGCCACGUUUCUUUUCUUACCCGGGGGGCGUUCGUAGCGGCUACCCGAGCGGCGUGUUUGGCCGUCCUCAAAGUUGGCGAAGGCCGUCGCGAAGGCCGUCGCGAAGGCCUUCGGGGUUUUUUGUUCAUUUUGUGUUCGCGGCGUCGCUCGUCCCGUUGUGGUCUCGCGGUCGUUUUCGCGCGCCUCCAUAAAUAAUUUCGAAGGCCCUCUUUGUUUUUUUUCUUUUCCUUCUGUUGUUGUUCUGCCAAAAAGCAAUCGGACAGAUUUUUUUUUUAAAGCCUCGCGACGAAAUGCGUUGUUGGGCUGCCGCCGGAGGCCGCGUUUCCCUCGCUCCGACGCGGCCGUGGCGCCAACGUCGAGACGGAAAAAAGAGAAUUUCGUUAAGAAAAAUGUAAAACGCGUUCGUGAAAAUCUUUAUUGUACACGGCAUCACCCAAAACUGAGGGAGGUUUGUGGGGGGGAAGUGGGGGAGGGGUGGGCCAGACUACAAUGAAUGUCACACGUGGGAAGAGUCAAAACGGCACAGAAAUUCACGUUUUUAUAAGCUUUGCGAUUUUUGGCAAAGUUUUAAGGAUUUUUUUUUACGAUGAUACAUACGUGUGUAUAAAAGAAAAAAAAAUAGAAAAAUAAGGAAGAAGACGUAAUUUUGCAAACGUAGCGCCAAUCCGUCUGCAACGCCACGGGGUUGAGUCCGUUGUACAUACAUCACUGCCACCGCUUUGUACAUUGUGCCCGGAACGCUAAACCGCGCAGCGCUGUGUAGGGAAACGAUUAUAACAAACAAACAAAAAGUUAUAAUAUAUUAACAUGCUGUCGCUGAAUCGAUUUGUUGUUGUUUUGUAUUUUUAUUGUAAUCUCCGACGCUGCCGCGGUGUCGUCGGGCCGCGCCUCAAGGACGCUUGCUCUGGUUGUUUUUGGUUUUUCUGCGACGUUAAUUUCGCACCCCCCAGUCUGCGCCCCCCCCCCCCCCCUCUUCGCCGCCGUGCUCAUUCGCAUUUCCAAGCGCAACGACGCUAAACCUGUGGUUCUCCUUGUAUCGGUUUAUCACCCACUCCCGUCGGAAUUGUCAUUCGUUCUCCCCCCCCUUCAUGUAAAUAUCCCGCCCGCUUUGGUCGUCAUCUCGCUGGGCUUCGUCACGUGUCGAGCUCACGGCGUUUCCGCCAGAGACCGGAUGAAUCUUCUUACGAGUCGCCGCAUGCGUGAGGGGGGUGGGGGGGAAGGCCAGCGAGUGUCCGGCAGUGGAACCCACAUUUUCAACGAAACUAUUAUUUUUGUUCAUAAUCAACGUUUUUGGGUUUAGAUCGCGUUAUUAUUUUUGCUUUACCAGGUAAAGCCCACUGAGCCAACUAGUUAUUUUUCAGAAGCAACCUGGCCACAAAUAAUUGUGAUUGCUCAACUAAGCAGCUUAUGUGGAUAUUUCUAUCAGCCAAAUAAUAUGAAUGCGUGUUGAUUCUAAAUGUGGAGGGGAAAAACCGGAGGACCCAGAGAAAAAUCCACGUGGCCAUGGGGAGAUAAUGUUCACACAAGGAUCAAGGUUGGAAUGGAUCAACGACCUCCUGUAUACUAGGUGCCCAUUCGGGCCGAUCUACAGAGUGUUCCAGAUGUCUUGUGACUUAAUAUUUUUGCACACUCAUGGGUGUGAAAACAGAAAUGAAUUAGCAGAGGAAAACUCCAAAUAAACAGGUGUCAGGGUCUGAAUUGAACCCACCACCUGCUGUAUACCAAGCGAGGCAGAUGAAACAUCUUACCACCGUGGCACCGAAAUCCAAUAUUAGACAAGGUGUUGACAACGCGCGUUUUAGCGGAAGCUUGUAACGGCCAGCAAACAUGACCGCUUGUUGACCACGAGGGAAACUUGGACCGUUCCGACGUUCCGACUAAAACCGGGUCCCCAUUGAGGUGUCACGGAGGAGGUGUGAAAAACGGAGAGCUCAGAAUCUGACACCACGCGCCAACGGGUCGUGCGCCAGGUCACAUGGCCCCGCCGCGCGUUGGCUCGCCGUGCUCGCUCUCAGCACGGCCGCUUUGGUGCGGGAAGCCAUCGGCGUGCCACUGGCCGCUUGCCGCGUUUCGCAAAGUUCCGGCGGUUUUAAUUGUGGAGUGAAGCGGACGUUCUCAGAAGCUGUUCUCGUAAAAACAAAAACCGCUGCUGCCUGAGCCAGGUGUUCCCUCAAUCAAGUUCUCUCGGAGCCGUUUUUAACAGCUACGUUCCCGUGCUCCGCUCGGCAGGUUUGCGGGGCGAGCGAGAGAGAGGGUGGGUAGUGGGAAAAAAAGAAUGAACCACAGGCACGGUUCACCUUUGACCUUUAGUGCCGGCUGGGAGCCGCCCUCCCAAGCCUUGGGGCUGCCCCCAAUCGACCGAGGUGAAUGAAUGUCGCGGGUUUUGUGGAAGUGAUCCAAAGGAGUCUCUCGGAGUUGGUGUAAAAUGUGGAAAACGCUGCUCCACAGGUGUUCAGAGCCCUGCGCACCACGGUCACUGGAGUCGUCCGUACAGAAAGUUUUGACAUUUCGGGGUGGGGUUGGGAAAGUUUCCAUUGGAUCACGACGACCGCACCACCGUAGCCCCCACCCCCACUGAAGCUUUGGCUGGAACCGGAACCCCCGCGGGCCUCGCUCGGCCAGCGUCGUCGCGGUGUUGCUGGCGGUGCCGUUGGGGAUUUUCCGCGUUCGGAUCCGGCGUUUCACUGUGCAGUUGCCGGGAGAGUUGUCUCACUCAGACCGUCAUCGAUCCUCGGGUUGAUGAAAAUAUGAGUGCCACUGUGGGAAGUCAAAAAUGUAAUUUUCCGUUGGGUGCAGACCGGUCCGUGCGCCAUGUGACGUGGAAUUUCCAACGGCGGCUCGAGGGCCUAUCCUCUGAUAACUAUUCACUUCACGUGGAGUCCACGUUGACUUCUUCAUGGUGACUGCCCAGUUUCACCGACAUCGUAACGACAACGAUGCCAGUCAGUUACACAAACUCCCGAGAGACUGGGUUUGGGAUGCUGUUACAGAAACACUAAACUAAACGAAAACUCUUUUUUAUUUGACCAGGUAAGGCCCACUGAGCUACAUAGCUCUUUUUUUCAGAAGCCACCUGGCCACAAAUGCAACCUCAACGAAGUAGAUUAUCAUCACGUGGAAAUGUAUAGCAGCCAAAUACUCUAAACGCAUGAUGUUGACUCUAAAUGUGGAGGGUAAAACCGGAGGACGCGGAGAAAAAUCCACGCGACCAGGGGGAGAGAGAGAGAGA